GCGCAGAUCCGCCGCGCGCACGCGAGGGGCUCCCCCGCCUCGCCCCGGAUCCCGAGCUAGGGUUCGCGCCGCCUCAGAUCCAGCGUCCAGAUCUGCGGCGACCCGCUGGCGCCGGGCAACAUGACACCGACGGUGCUCGUGGACUACGGGCCGCAGCGGCAGAUUAAACGGAGCUACGACGAGAUAUCCUACAGGGCCGCCUCCGCGCCCCGCGGCUACGCGGAGACCGUCGGCGAGUCGGGCAGCCCCGUGCGCGUCGACUCGGAGGACUCCUCCGCGCCCAAGCGCAAGUGCAUCAGCCUCAACAGCGACGGCGCCUUCGUGCUCAAGCGCGAGACAUUCGUCCCCUCCAAGCUCUCGUCGUCCGAGCGCCGCUACCUCCGCAAGAGGUUCCGGUCCGAGCUCGAUUCCGUCCGGGAUCUCCUCAAGAAGCCCGAGUUCUCGACCAUUGUCCCUGUCGUCAGCAGGGCGCCCGCGUUCUCGUCGUCGGCCGCCCCUCGGCCCAAGAAGGUGCAGCGGGGCAGCCACGUGGUCCGUGGCGCCAAGGGGCGCUUCCUGCCCACCAAGCCCCGCCCCGAAGCCUCCGCCGCGGCGACGGCGUUGCCCGAGGCCACGGUCAUGAAGCAGUGCGAGGCCAUUCUCAAGAAGCUCAUGACUCAGAAGUGUAGCCAUAUUUUCAAUGUUCCCGUCGAUGUGGAGAAGCUCAACAUUCCGGAUUAUAACGACAUUAUCAAGCACCCCAUGGACCUCGGGACGAUCAAGGCCAAGCUGGACUCUGGUGCCUACACGAGCCCGUCUGAUUUCGCAGCGGAGGUUCGCCUCACCUUCAACAAUGCGAUAACGUAUAAUCCCCGCGGGCAUGCGGUGCACGAUAUGGCCAUUCAGCUCAACAAAAUGUUUGAGGCUAGAUGGAAGACGGUCGAGAAGAAGUUGGCUUCUGCCCCUGCUAAGCCACAUGUUGAGGUUGCCAGGGCUGACUCCAAGAGGAGAAAGACCCCUCCUGUGGACCGCAGUGACCUGUCAAUGGAGGGUGUCAGGCCAACCGAGGCUGCCAUGCCAAAGAUGACGGACGCCGAGAAAGAAUCCUUUGGAAACUGCCUGGCUACUUUGUUUGAGGAUCCAGACCAGUUGCCUGGUCACAUCAUUGAUUUGUUGCAGCAGGAUAUUCCUAGCAAUCCUGAUGAGGCUGGCGAUGGGGAGGUAGAGGUCGACAUCCAUGCACUCAGUGAUGACGUACUAGUAGAGCUGAAGAAGCGCGUCGACAAGUUUUUGCAAGAGAGAGAUCAGCAGCAUACAAAAUCCGAGCCUUCGGAGAAUGAGGCCGUGGGCGUAUCUGGCCUCAGUCACUCGUCCACAGAUCCCUGCAAAGGUGGUGAGCCUAUCGAGGAGGAUGUGGACAUUUGUGGCAAUACAUCCCCGAUACUGAUAGAGAAGGAUCCACAAAUCAAAGCUAGCAAACUUGGUAGCCCAAGUAGUUCCAGCAGUGACUCUGGAUCUUCGUCCAGCGAUUCUGACUCUGGCAGUGACUCCGAAAGUGAAUCGGAAAAAGUUGGUAGCCCAGCAAAGCUUGCAAAGGAUGUUAUGGUGCCUGAACAACCCGCAGAGCAAGAAAAGAGUGAUGUCAUUAGUCCUGUUGAUGCUAACCAAAAUGCUGCUGAUGCUGAACUUCGUGAGCAGGGCAACGAGUCUAAGGCUGCACCGGAGGGGGAGAAUGCAAAGCCUGAUAGCCAAGUCUCCCCUGAUAAGCUCUUACGAGCAGCUCUUUUGAGGAGCCGUUAUGCUGAUGUAAUUGUGAAAGCUCAUGGGGUUCUUAGCCAGGGUGAGGGUGGAGAUACACAGGAGGAGCUGGAGAAACUGCAGAAGGAAGAAAAAGCACGGCUUUUGGCUGAAGGUAAUGCAGCUAUGGAAGCUCGCAGAGCUGAAGCUGAAGCCGAAUCUAAGCGUAAGCGUGACCUCGAGAGGGAGAAGGCUCGUCAGGCCUUGCAGGAGAUGGAGAGAACUGUAGAAAUUAAUGACAACGUCCAUCCCAAGGACCUAGAAAUGCUUGGGACAGCUACUACAGAGCAUAUUGUGAGCUCCGUUGAUGAGACAAGUCCUGAGCACUCCCAGGAUGGCAUGCCUAGUUUUCUUCCUGGUUCCGGCAGCAUGUUGGAAAAACUUGGACUGUUUAUGAAAGUAGAUGAUGAAGAAGACGAGGAAGAGGAGCCAAGUGUUCCCAGUAGCAACGAUGGGGAGGAAGAAGAGCCAAAUGUUAACAGUAGCAAAGAUGGGGAGGAAGAAGAGCCAAAUGUUACCAGUUGCAAAGAUGGGGAGCAAGAAGAGCCAAAUGUUACCAAUAGCAAAGAUGGGGAGGAAGAAGAGCCAAAUGUUACCAGUAGCAAGGAUUGGGAGGAAGAAGAGCCAAAUGUUACCAGUAGCAAGGAUGGGGAGGAAGAAGAGCCAAAUGUUACCAGUAGCAAUGAUGGGGAGCAAGGAGGAAUCAACUAAUGCCCGUUGGCAUGUUAGGUAGCUGACCUUUUGGUUGGGAGAGAACAAUGGCCUAUUUCAGCUGAUGCGCAUGGGCAAUUGCUGGAUAGCUGUGCACAGAGCAGACAUUUUUUCUGGAAUGGCGCACAAAAGCCCUCGAUGCUGCUGGAGGUGUUAAAACUUUGCGCUUGCAGGAUGCAGGGUCAUGCCCUUGAAGGGAGAAUCGAGAUCGAGGCCACCCUGUACAGCUGCAAAACAAAAUGUGAGUUCAUUUCUCAGAUGAACUGUUUCUCGCAGAAGAAUCAAGACGUCAGUGCAAGCUUUUGUCGGGUGUAGAUAAAGCUCAAGUCGAGCCUUGGAAAUACAGGAGGACCAAAUGGUUCCUGUCACACUCACCUCCUUCUGCACUGUGAUCCUUGUGCUUAUUCCCCUAGCGGCUAGUCAGCAUAGCUUUUCUGUUUGGUUGCUUCUUCGUGUUGUAAAUUCAAAUUUUGUAGUCGAGGAAGUGCAUAGUUGUUUACUGGGCAUCUGGAAAAAGCAUUUGUAAACCCUCCUGAUAAAAUUGUUGAAACAGGAAAAAUGCAAAUGUUGGUGCAUUGUUUGUU